AUGGCCUUACCAACAAAUCUUUUCAAUGCACCAAAAACGUUUUGGAAUCUAAUAGACAUGAUUUUUCAUAAGACCAUUCCGGAAAAUGCCGUGACGGUCAUACAAAACUCAAUGUAUGCAAACGUAGAGGAGUUGGACGUUUAUUGCGAUGGAGAAGAAGAUUUUUCGAUAAGAUUGAAGUUCUCUCACGAAGCAGAAACCAAGGUGAUCCAAGCUGGAAGAAUUCUCGACAACCGUGAUUAUCGAUGGUUUGACGGAGAAAUGACAGAAACCGAAAUGUUCGACGGUCGUUUAACAUUCUCUCUCUCGACUAAACGUGAAAUUAAUCUGAAAAACAUUAAAUGCAUUCUCAAACAUAUCGUCGGAUUUUUUGAGAUACAAAAAAUCAUUUUGACAUCAGAUGCAAAUGUGAUGGAUAUUUUCACGUUCGAAACUAGGCAGAAGCUUUUAAAAGUGAUUCUAAAAAAUCAGGAGCUUUCACCGUAUGAUGCAAGAUAUAUGCUGGAGGAUUCAAACAUCAAUGUCCUCAUCUUAGAGAACGUCAAGGUGAAAACCAAUGGAUCCCCAUCUACCUAUACCGUGAAACCAGAUAAAGUUGUUUUGAAAAACGCUCCUUGGUUUUCAUGCGACUCUCUUCAUAAAAUACGCUGCAUUUCUUUUAAACUUGAUUUGGACAAUACGAGUGACAAUAUUCCUGAACUUUACCAUCUGAGACACUUUAUUUAUUCCUGGGGAGAAGGCAAAUUGAGCACGUUGGACAGAAUGAAGUUGGUGUUGCCGGUCGAGUUUUUCAAAAAGAAUUCGGAUUAUGCCGACAACAUAAUAGGACGCCUUGAAGAUGACGAUUCAUUUAGUUUUGUCAAAGUGAAGACAACUGACGAUAGGAAAAAAUGCACAUUCUAUGGGAAAAAUCACCAAAUGAAAGAAGGAGAACUUACAUUCGGAGACAGAAUUUUCAAUGAUAGAACUUUCCUGUUUAGACUCACUGGAUAUAUGCUAUGA